AUGUCCACGAACAGAGAUCUAGCCGGCAAAGUCGCCAUCGUCACGGGAUCCAGCCGGGGCAUCGGCGCUUCUAUCGCGCUGAAAUUCGCCUCGCGCGGCGCAGACAUCGCUAUCAACUAUGUUUCCAAUAAGGACGCCGCUGAAUCGGUUGCAAUCCAAGCCCAGGAAUAUGGCGUGCGCGCGAUCACGAUCAAAGCAGAUGUCUCGGACGAAAAGCAAGUAGCAACGAUGUUCGAAGAGCUGAUGAAAGAGCUCGGUCGUCUUGACAUCGUCGUGAGUAAUUCGGGUAUCGAACAUUUUGGUUCCUUGUCUGAGGUGACAGGCGCCGAUAUCGAUGCCGUCUUUGCGGUCAAUGUGAAGGGCCAGUACUUUGUUGCUCAACAGGCGUAUAAGUACAUGGCCGACUUUGGGAGGGUUAUGCUUACUUCCUCGAUCUCUGCCGUCAAGGGAGUUCCCCGACACGCAGUCUAUGCUGCAUCCAAGGCAGCCGUCCAAGGAAUGACCAAAUGUCUGGCUGUAGACUUUGGUCCACGCAAUAUCACCGUGAAUUGCAUUGCGGCUGGUGGCGUGAAAACAGACAUGUACACUGAGAUGGCAGCCAAGUACAUCCCAGGUGGAGCAAGCAUGAGCGAAGAGGAGAUUGAAGCUAUGCUGUCGAAGUGGUCGCCUCUUGGUCGUGUUGGACUUCCGGAGGACGUAUCAGGUAUUGCUGCGUUGAUUGCGAGCCCGGACUCGCAAUGGAUGACAGGUCAGACAUUCCAGGUUUCUGGUGGAGCUUACAUGGUCUAA